AACGUUGCUUUUGCUAUACUUCAAAUGGCUGAGAAGUAAUCUCUGAGAGACGCAGAAACAGGGAGAAACAGAGAAAACACAGAGGAACAGAUUGACCGCCAUUGAAGCACCUGUGACCUGCCCCCAUAACUCUUUCAUAUACACUUGCAUACAAACUAACAUUUCAAGCACCUUCUCUCUGUCUCUCUCCCUCUCUCCUCAAUCUAUUUAACUCCAUUUCCCUCAAACUCACCCUCAUUACCUUAGAGUUUAAUUAGGGUUUAAUCGCUUUGCCACUGCAAUUUGGGCAUUACCUUUGCGUUGGAUUUGCAUUUCUUUGAAUUAGUCAAGUGGGUAUUUGUUUUUCAUUGAGGUGGGUUUGGUCCAAUUAUCGACCAAUUUAAUCAAAUUCGAAGAGAUUGGAGCUUCUGAUGGAUCCGCAUCCAGGAAUUGUAUCUGGAUCCAACUCCAACAGGUCCGAACCCGACGAAAGCGGAUUCGAAUUCCUCCAAUUCCGCGAGGAAAUCCAGCGGCUCAUGACCGUACCGCCGGAAAACGCGAGCUCCUUCACCGCGCUUCUCGAGCUCCCGGCGACCAAGGCCAUGGAGCUCCUCCACUCCCCGCACUCCGACAACGGAUCUCCGGCGCCGAUUUCCGGCGACCCCCUCCGCCGAAUCGACGAAGACAGCAAACCCUACCUCCCCUCCGUCAACGGCCAUCUCACCUUCCCUUCGAACAAAGUCCUAACCGAACGCGCCGCCAAGUUGUCGGUCUUCUCCGCCGGCGAGCACUCGCCGGAGACGAGCUCGGUGCCGUCGAAUUCUAGCGCGAAUUUGGAGAAGGUGAAGAGCGAGCCCGCCGAGACCGACUCGAACCCCGACUCGUCCCAGCCGUUGGUUUCCGAUCCUACUGUGGAGAACAAGACCCAGAGGCCGACGAAGCGGAAGGAGCGCGAGAAGAAGGGCAAAGGGUCCUCGAAGAAGAGCAAGAACGAAAGCUCUCAAGACGCCUUGAUGCUUCCUUACGUUCACGUCCGAGCUCGUCGCGGUCAAGCCACAGACAGCCAUAGCUUAGCAGAGCGAGCGAGGAGAGAGAAGAUUAAUGCUCGGAUGAAGCUGCUUCAGGAGCUGGUCCCAGGGUGCAGCAAGAUUUCUGGUACAGCAUUGGUUCUGGAUGAAAUUAUCAACCAUGUUCAGUCCCUACAACGUCAAGUUGAGUUCUUAUCAAUGAGACUUGCAGCAGUCAACCCGAGAAUUGAUUUCAACCUCGACAGUUUAUUUGCUACCGAAAGUGGAUCUUUAGUGGACAGUAAUUUCCCUGGCAUGGUUUCUCCUCUAGUAUGGUCAGAAAUCCCAUUCGAAGGAAACAGACAGCACUAUCAACAGCAAUGGCAUUUUGAUGCAAUUCACCAACCGCUUUGGGGGAGGGAAGAAGACAACCAUACAUUCAUUACUCCAGAGAACUCACUUUUGAGUUAUGACUCAGCAAAUUCAGCGGCUCUGCACUCAAAUCAGGUGAAGAUGGAGCUGUGAAGACAUAGUGAAUUCCUACCAGUAGCUAAUAGUGUAUAUAAUCCAAUAUAGUAUUAGCUGUUAGCAAGAAGUAGAGGGGAAGCGUCAACAUUCAUCAUGGGUUUUCAUGUCUUUUAUUUGUCAAGAGUCAGUUGGAAACCUGGAUUUCACUCUACUAGAGAGGAUGAAAUUUCGGAUGUUAUUCAUAUAUAUUAUCUAUAUCUUACUAUAUAUACUAACUUCGAGGGCCAUUCAAUCUUGUACUUGCUUCUUAAGACGAUCGAUUGCCUUAUGUUGUAAAACCAUAUCACAAACUUGUUUUAUGGAAGCUGGCUUCUUUCUUCA